AAGAACACUAAGCGACGUCCUCUAAGUUUAUUCUUUUAAGUUUGCAAAAAAACUAAUUUCCAGCUUUUUAUUAUAAAAAAACGAUACAAUAGAAUAUUUUCUAUAUUCCACGAGCAACCUUUUUGAUUUUAUUACAACAAACUACACCAACUGAUGUAAUAGCAGCCACAGCAAAUGUUAUUCAAAAGCGAAUGAUGUCAAAUGUGGGUUCUACUGAAAUAAAUGAACGUCUCUUAUCUGCGGUUCACAGUCAAAACUAUGAGGACACAUUGUCCUGUCUUAUGCAGGGAGCUAGGGCAACUUUUAUUUCGUACUCCUGUGGAAGGACAGCAGUUGGAACUGCAGCUUUAAUGGGUGACUCGGAAAUAUUACAGUUGCUGAUACAAUCUUGCGAGGAGCCACAUUUGAUAUUACAGCCGGAAAAUCCAAAAAACACCGAAAUCGAAAUCGACACCACCCCUGAUGGCAUGGAUUGUUUAGAAUGGGAGGAUGAAUUCAAUGCUGACGCCAAUUCUGUGAAUGCCAAUGACGAUACCAUAGAAGAGUUCACUUCGUUAUAUUACUAUUAUGCCAAAACUUUCGAGAGGACUGGUGACAUUGUCAGCAAUUUGGAGAAUUAUUUUUGUGAUCGCAGUACUACAUCUAAUAGUUCCGCUUUAGGGCAUGGAAGUUUGCUCGCACAAGAUCCUCAUACUUUGGAUCAUAUGACCAUGGCUCCCUUGCAUUAUGCAGCUGUGGGUGGUGAUUGCGAAUGUGCACGUAUUCUACUGGAACAUGGAGCUAAAGUGGACACCACCACCGCAGUGGGCUAUACACCAUUGCACAUUGGUGCCGAUAACUGUGAUAUAACCCUCUUGUUACUCAAGUGUGGGGCUAAUCCCAAUGCCAAGACCUUCAAUACCGGUGAAACGCCGUUGCAUUCAGCUUUGAAGUAUCGCAAUUCACAGGUGGUCAAUUUGCUAUUGCAAACGAACAAAGUUAAUAUAAAUGAGAUCGAUGAGAGCGACAAGACCCCUCUCAUGUAUGCCAUAGCCUAUGAACAAAUUGAUGUGGCCCUGGAAUUGAUUAGAAGGGGUGCCAAAGUCAAUCUCCAAGAUAAGGAUGGCCGUUCGGCCCUAUUCUAUGCUGUGGAGAAAAACAAUAUCCUGCUGGCCUCCUGUUUGUUGGAGCAUGGUGCCCGACAUAUCACCUCACAUUAUCUGCUUCAUCGUUGUAUUGUCUUCGAUAUGCCCGAAAUGUUGAGAUUGCUUCUUUGCCACGAUGAAAAUUUGAAUAGUCUAAAAGUUCGCAAUCCUGAUGGUUUUACUCCCAUACAAUUGGCCAUCAUCUAUAAAAAAUUCAAUGCAUUGGACUAUAUGUUAAAGAUGGAUGCCUCCUCACUUCAAUUGGAGAUGGAAAAUGAUCUCAUAUUGGCAGUACAAUACAUUGAUGGACUGACAGAUUUUAGAAUUAUAUCAAGAAUUUUAUUCUCAUACGCCAGUGGAUCGGCAUUAGUUUCGACCAAUACAAUGUCAAUGUCGGACAUGAAUUGCUAUGUGCCAUUCUGCCAUACACCCUUGUCGCGUUCCGUGAUGCUUAAUAAAUUGGAUAUUGCAGAGUUUUUGAUAAAAGAGGGUUUAGGUAUACAGCAGAUAUGUCAUGAUCAUGUCGUUAAUAGCUUGCGAUCGCUGAGAGCACCUGGAGUUAGAGAUUUUACAAAAUUAUUGGUAUUAAAUGGCUUUAAAUUUCCCUAUUACAAAUCAUCGAAAAUACCAAACAAAUGGUCAUUGGAACGCCAGAAUUUUGAAGAGGACCUCAAGCAAUUAUCUACACAACCCUUAGAACUGAAAUCCCUAACACGAAUACAAUUACGCAAGCAUUUAAUUCAGGCAUUUGCCAAUUCCACCGUUGAAAAUCAAAGCAAAUAUCAAGCAACGAAGGAUAAGUCAACAUUGCAAUUAAUCGUAGAGCAAUUAGAGAUUCCCACAAGCCUGCAAAGAUAUUUGAUAGACUUUGAUGAUUGUGCAUCUGUGAUGGCAUUGUAUUAAACAAAAAAUGAAAAAAAGCCCCCUUGGCUACCCAAAACAAAGAAAA